GAAGUGUGUCAGUGUACAAUUAUGUGGCACUUUUUUUUUUAAAUAGUUUGAUAAAGUGAAUUUAAAAUUUUUCCAUCGAUUAAAAUCGUCCGAACUUCAAUUUCUGCGAAAAUUUUCAUUCAAAUCUUCAUUCGAGUACAACUUUGAAACCACAAAAUUCAACUUGCUUUUCGAGUAUCUUCUUAUUUGAAAAAAAAAGUUUUCUGAAUUCGUUUAAUAUUUCCUUUCGACUUCUUUCGAACAACCUAAAAAGUUAAUUGAUCUUUUAUUGUGCAAGCACACUUGUUCAAUUUAUGUGAUAAUUGUGGAAAACUUUUCGUCAGACUCAUCAGUUGCAACUACAUUACAAUUUUGAAAUAAUAAGCCGACGAGUGAAAAUGUGUUUGAAAAUAAUACAUACAAAACCGAGCCACGGAGCAUAAAUAAAACACGAAAAAAAUAUCUCGUUUAAAUGGUUGUUUUCGAGCGUAGAAAAAAAAACAAAUUCCUCGAUCAUUUCAUGGCUGUUCGGUUUUCAACGGGACCAACCUACUUUCAUACCAUUUCAGACACAUUGCUUGCGUUACUGAUCUCUCGCCGAAUGUGUUACGUAAACAUAAAAAUAGCUCACUUUUUCAUAACAAGUGACUCAUAGACGUUCACGCAACCACACAUGAAUAUUUUUCGUAUUCGAUUCGCAUUUUGCUGUUUUCGGUUUGCACAUUAAUUUUUUGGAGGCGAUUGGGCUCAAACUGGAUUAACGAAAUACAAAAUUAUUCUUUUUAAAAGAAAAACGCACACGUGUCUUUAGUUUUUUUUGUUCUGUGUAUCGUGAAAUAAUCGAAGAUGGGAAAGCCACCACCAAAUCAAGAAAAUGAAGAUCCAACCCCAUACCUUUUCGUUUCUCUCGAACAAAAGCGUAUCGAUCAAUCGAAACCUUACGAUUCGAAGAAAGCAUGCUGGGUGCCAGAUGAGAAAGAGGGUUACGUCUUAGGUGAGAUCAAGGCCACCAAGGGUGACAUCGUUUCCGUCGGGGUUCCAGGUGGAGAGACCAAAGAUUUCAAGAAAGAUUUGGUCACACAAGUCAAUCCACCAAAAUAUGAGAAGGCAGAAGAUAUGUCUAACUUGACUUAUCUUAACGAUGCUUCUGUCCUUCACAAUUUGAAGCAACGUUACUACCAUAAACUGAUCUACACUUACUCCGGUCUUUUCUGCGUUGCUAUCAAUCCAUACAAACGCUACCCAGUCUAUACCAACCGUUGUGCUAAGAUGUACCGUGGUAAGCGUCGUAAUGAAGUACCACCCCAUAUUUUUGCCAUCUCUGAUGGUGCCUACGUCAACAUGUUGACCAACCAUGAAAAUCAAUCCAUGUUGAUUACUGGUGAAUCUGGUGCCGGUAAAACUGAAAACACGAAGAAGGUCAUUGCCUACUUUGCCACCGUUGGUGCAUCGCAAAAGAAGGAUGCUGCCGCCGAAAAGAAGGGCUCAUUGGAAGAUCAAGUCGUCCAAACCAAUCCGGUACUUGAAGCCUUCGGUAACGCCAAGACCGUCCGUAACGAUAACUCAUCUCGUUUCGGUAAAUUCAUUCGUAUUCACUUCGGUCCAUCUGGUAAAUUGGCUGGUGCUGAUAUUGAAACCUACUUGUUGGAAAAAGCUCGUGUCAUCUCACAACAAUCGUUGGAACGUUCAUAUCACAUCUUCUACCAAAUCAUGUCUGGUUCAGUUCCUGGAGUUAAAGCCAUGUGCUCUUUGUCUGAAAAUAUCUACGAUUACUAUAAUGUGUCUCAAGGCAAAAUCACUAUUCCAAGUAUGGAUGAUGGUGAAGAAUUUACGCUCACCGACCAAGCCUUCGACAUCUUGGGCUUCACCAAGGAAGAAAAGGAGAAUGUCUACAGGAUCACUGCCGCUGUCAUGCACAUGGGUGGCAUGAAGUUCAAGCAACGUGGUCGCGAAGAACAAGCCGAAGCUGAUGGUAUGGAAGAGGGUGAACGUGUCGCCAAAUUGUUGGGCUGUGACGUCCAAGAAUUGUACAAGAACUUGUUGAAACCACGUAUCAAGGUCGGUAACGAGUUCGUCACCCAAGGUCGUAACAAGGAUCAAGUCGCCAACUCAAUCGGUGCCUUGUGCAAAGGUACAUUCGAUCGUUUGUUCAAAUGGUUGGUCAAGAAGUGUAACGAAACAUUGGACACCAAACAAAAGCGUCAACACUUCAUCGGUGUGUUGGAUAUUGCUGGUUUCGAAAUUUUCGAAUACAAUGGUUUUGAACAACUUUGUAUCAACUUUACCAAUGAAAAAUUGCAACAAUUUUUCAACCAUGUUAUGUUCGUUCUUGAACAAGAAGAAUACACAAAGGAAGGUAUUCAUUGGGAAUUCAUUGAUUUCGGUUUGGAUUUGUUGGCCUGCAUUGAGCUCAUUGAAAAGCCAAUGGGUAUCUUGUCAAUUCUUGAAGAAGAAUCUAUGUUCCCGAAAGCCACCGAUCAAACCUUCGCUGAAAAAUUGACCACCAACCAUUUGGGCAAAUCGGCUCCAUUCCGUAAAGCCCCACCAGCAAAGGCUGGCCAACAACAAGCCCACUUUGCUAUUGCCCAUUACGCCGGUACUGUGCCAUACAACAUCACCGGUUGGUUGGAAAAGAACAAGGAUCCAUUGAACGACACCGUUGUCGAUCAAUUCAAGAAAUCAGCAAACAAAUUGUUGAUUGAGAUCUUCGCCGCUGAUGCCGGUCAAUCUGGUGGUGGUGGCGGUGACGCUAAAGGUGGUCGUGGUAAGAAGGGUGGUGGCUUCGCUACCGUCUCAUCAUCAUACCGUGAACAAUUGAACAACUUGAUGGCCACAUUGCGUGCCACUCAACCUCAUUUCGUCCGUUGUAUUAUUCCAAAUGAAAUGAAACAACCGGGAGUCAUCGACUCACACUUGGUCAUGCAUCAAUUGACCUGUAACGGUGUGUUGGAAGGUAUCCGUAUUUGCCGUAAAGGUUUCCCCAACAGAAUGGUCUACCCAGAUUUCAAACUCCGUUAUAUGAUCAUUGCACCGGCUAUCAUGACCAGUGAAAAAGAUCAAAAGAAAGCCGCACAGAAAUGUUUUGAUUCGGUGGGAUUGGAUCCAGACAUGUACCGUAUUGGUCAUACAAAGGUGUUCUUCCGUGCUGGUGUCUUGGGUCAAAUGGAAGAAUUCCGUGACGAACGUCUCGGCAAGAUCAUGUCAUGGAUGCAAGCCUGGAUCCGUGGUUACUUGUCACGUAAAGAAUACAAGAAGAUCCAAGAACAACGUAUCGCCCUCCAAAUUGUCCAACGUAACUUGCGCAAAUACAUGCAAUUGCGUACCUGGCCAUGGUGGAAAUUGUGGCAAAAGGUCAAGCCUUUGCUCAAUGUUACACGUGUUGAAGACGAAAUUGCUAAAUUGGAAGAGAAAGCCCGUAAAGCCGAAGAAGCUCUUGAAGCCGAAACCAAAGUACGCAAAGAUUUGGAAGGUCUUAACUCAAAAUUGUUAGCCGAAAAAACUGCCCUUUUGGAUUCAUUGGCUGGCGAGAAGGGAUCAUUGCAAGAAUACCAAGAGAAAUCAGCUAAAUUGCAAGCCCAAAAGAACGAUCUCGAUAAUCAACUUCGUGACACCCAAGACCGUUUGUCACAAGAAGAAGAUGCCCGCAACCAAUUGUUCCAACAAAAGAAGAAAUUGGAACAAGAAUGCAGUGGAUUGAAGAAGGAUAUCGAAGAUUUGGAACUCAGCGUCCAGAAGAUCGAUCAAGAUAAGGCCACCAAAGAUCAUCAAAUUCGUAACUUGAACGAUGAAAUCGCCCAUCAAGACGAGCUUAUCAACAAAUUGAACAAAGAAAAGAAAUUACAAGGUGAAACCAACCAAAAGACCGGUGAAGAAUUGCAAGCUGCCGAAGAUAAGAUCAACCACUUGAACAAAGUGAAAGCCAAGCUCGAACAAACCUUGGACGAACUUGAAGACUCAUUGGAACGUGAGAAGAAAUUGCGCGGUGAUGUCGAGAAGGCCAAACGCAAGGUUGAAGGUGACUUGAAAUUGACCCAAGAAGCCGUCGCCGAUUUGGAACGCAACAAGAAGGAACUCGAACAAGCCAUCGCCCGUAAAGACAAGGAAUUGUCAUCACUCACCGCCAAAUUGGAAGAUGAACAAUCCGUUGUUAGCAAGAGCCAAAAACAAAUCAAGGAAUUGCAAUCACGCAUCGAAGAACUCGAAGAAGAAGUCGAAGCCGAACGUCAAGCUCGUGCCAAGGCUGAGAAACAACGUGCCGAUUUGGCCCGUGAACUCGAAGAAUUGGGUGAACGUCUUGAAGAAGCCGGUGGCGCCACAUCCGCGCAAAUCGAACUCAACAAGAAACGUGAAGCCGAACUCAGCAAACUCCGUCGCGAUUUGGAAGAAGCUAACAUUCAACAUGAAGGUACAUUGGCCAAUCUCCGCAAGAAGCACAAUGACGCUGUUGCUGAAAUGGCCGAACAAGUCGAUCAACUCAACAAAUUGAAGGCUAAGGCUGAAAAGGAAAAGUCCCAAUACUUCGGUGAAUUGACUGAUCUUCGUGGAAGCGUUGACCAUCUUGCCAACGAAAAGGCUGCCCAAGAAAAGAUCGCCAAGCAACUCCAACACACCUUGAACGAAGUACAAAGCAAACUCGACGAAACCAACCGCACUCUCAACGACUUCGAUGCCCAAAAGAAGAAGCUCUCAAUUGAAAACUCCGACCUCCUUCGUCAACUCGAAGAAGCCGAAUCACAAGUUUCGCAAUUGUCGAAGAUCAAGAUUUCACUCACUACCCAACUUGAAGACACCAAACGUUUGGCCGAUGAAGAAUCACGCGAACGUGCCACUUUGUUGGGCAAAUUCCGUAACUUGGAACACGACUUGGACAACCUCCGUGAACAAGUUGAAGAAGAAGGUGAAGGCAAAGCUGAUUUGCAACGUCAACUCAGCAAGGCUAACGCUGAAGCUCAAGUCUGGCGCACCAAAUACGAAUCGGACGGUGUUGCCCGUUCAGAAGAAUUGGAAGAAGCCAAGAGAAAGUUGCAAGCUCGUUUGGCUGAAGCUGAAGAAACCAUCGAAUCACUCAACCAAAAAUGCAUCGCUUUGGAAAAGACCAAGCAACGUUUGUCAACCGAAGUCGAAGACUUGCAAUUGGAAGUCGACCGUGCCAAUGCCAUUGCCAACGCUGCCGAAAAGAGACAAAAGGCAUUCGACAAAAUCAUUGCCGAAUGGAAACUCAAGGUCGACGAUUUGGCUGCUGAACUUGAUGCAUCACAGAAGGAAUGCCGCAACUACUCAACCGAAUUGUUCCGUCUUAAGGGCGCCUACGAAGAGGGACAAGAACAAUUGGAAGCUGUCCGUCGUGAGAACAAGAAUCUCGCCGAUGAAGUUAAGGACCUUCUUGACCAAAUUGGUGAAGGUGGCCGCAACAUCCAUGAAAUCGAAAAGGCACGCAAACGCUUGGAAGCCGAAAAAGAUGAACUCCAAGCCGCUCUUGAAGAGGCUGAAGCCGCUUUGGAACAAGAAGAGAACAAAGUAUUACGUGCACAACUUGAGUUGUCGCAAGUACGUCAAGAAAUCGACCGUCGCAUCCAAGAGAAAGAAGAAGAAUUCGAAAACACACGCAAGAACCACCAACGUGCCCUCGACUCAAUGCAAGCUUCACUCGAAGCCGAAGCCAAAGGAAAGGCUGAGGCAUUGCGCAUGAAGAAGAAGUUGGAAGCCGACAUCAACGAACUCGAAAUCGCUUUGGACCACGCCAACAAGGCCAACGCUGAAGCCCAAAAGAACAUCAAACGCUACCAACAACAACUUAAAGACUUGCAAACCGCAUUGGAAGAAGAACAACGUGCCCGCGACGAUGCUCGUGAACAACUUGGCAUCUCAGAACGUCGUGCCAACGCCCUUCAAAACGAACUUGAAGAAUCACGUACAUUGCUCGAACAAGCCGACCGUGGACGUCGUCAAGCCGAACAAGAAUUGGGAGAUGCUCACGAACAACUCAACGAAAUCUCCGCCCAAAACGCUUCGAUUUCAGCUGCCAAACGCAAGUUGGAAUCAGAACUUCAAACAUUGCAUUCAGAUUUGGAUGAAUUGUUGAACGAAGCCAAGAACUCCGAAGAAAAGGCCAAGAAGGCUAUGGUUGAUGCUGCCCGUCUUGCCGAUGAACUCCGUGCCGAACAAGACCAUGCACAAACACAAGAGAAAUUGCGCAAGGCCCUUGAACAACAAAUCAAGGAAUUGCAAGUUCGUUUGGAUGAAGCCGAAGCUAACGCCCUUAAAGGUGGUAAGAAGGCAAUCCAAAAAUUGGAACAACGUGUCCGUGAACUCGAAAACGAAUUGGACGGUGAACAACGACGACAUGCCGAUGCUCAAAAGAAUCUCCGCAAAUCAGAACGUCGCAUCAAGGAAUUGACCUUCCAAUCAGAAGAGGACCGUAAGAACCAUGAACGUAUGCAAGACUUGGUCGACAAACUUCAACAAAAGAUCAAGACAUACAAGAGACAAAUCGAAGAAGCCGAAGAAAUUGCCGCUCUCAACUUGGCCAAAUUCCGCAAAGCCCAACAAGAACUCGAAGAAGCUGAAGAGCGCGCUGACUUGGCUGAACAAGCCAUCAGUAAAUUCCGUGCUAAGGGACGAGGUGGUUCAAUGGCACGUGGUGGUAGCCCAGGCCCACGAGCACAAUCUGUACGACCAGAUGGAUUUGGCACCUUCCCACCAAGAUUCGACCUUGCUCCAGAAAACGAUUUCUUCGCUUAAACUAAUAACUAUUUUAUAAAAUAAACCAACAAAAAAAAACAACAACUUCAUAUAUGCAGAAAUAAAAAGAAAAUUGAUACACACAUGAAAGAACAAAAAAAAACUAGAGACACAAACCAGCACCGUUCAAUCACAACGACUCGGGCCGAACAUCGAAACGAGCUGCAUACGUCAAGCGUCCCGAUAUAAUCUAAUUUUUACUUUUUAAAAUCGAAAUUUUUAUGUUUUUUUCAUCAUUUCUAAUAUACAAGCCAACAUACAACAAUAAUAAAAAAAGGAAUAAUGCCGACACACAUAUUUUUAUCAUUCGCAUCAAAAGUAUAGAAUGGAUUCAAUUGAUUUGGUAUCUUUAUCUAUCUUUCUUUACACCAAGAAUAAAAAUACACAUCGAUGAAAUAUAAUUUUAUAAUUUUAAAAAGAAAAAAAAAACAAUUGUAUUUAGUUUUCAAAACGAAUAAUACACGCGUUUUGCUAUCGAUUAGCUUGAUUUUGAUCGGAUUUCGAUUUUUUUUUUCUAUCCAACACAAAAUCUAAAGACACAAGUGCAACAAAAUCGCAGAACAAAUGAAGCCCAAACAUCAACACCACGGAACCGAUCUAGAUCGCUAUUCGAUUGACAGAAUAAUAUAAUCCAUUUAUAUGUGUGACACUUGAGAAAAUAAAAAAAAUAUUUAAUUUACAAGAAAAAAAAAA